AGCCAAUCCAUUCCACUUCAGAACGUAGGCUACUUGCUGUGACAUUGCUCAGUUCUAAAAUUAGCGCUCUCUGAACGAAGUGUGCCUAUACUAUAAAGGCUUUGGCGUGUACGGGAGGGUUGUUGUUGACUCGUUGACUUAUUAUAUACAGUAAUUUUGGUUUUGGGAGUCUACAUGCACGAUAUAACGGCUAUAUUUCGCGUGUUCUUGAAGACAGGACUGUCCACACAGGGAUAUCUCGAGGAUAUUCUUUUUCUCGAAAAGCUGUUAAAUCCUGCUCGCUUUAUCAUCGAUGUUAUUGAAUGAACAGUGAAAUAUAAUACUGUAAUAGAUUAUUCGCGUGUCUGUGGAUAAGAAAUACACACAAAGACAACUGGGGAAACAAAAAGAUAAUAUUAUUUCAAAUCCUGUGCUGUGUAUGAAUAUUGUACUUUUCAGUGGAUCUUUCACUUACCUUCAGACAAGGCAUGUGAUUUGUUGUGACAUCUCUGUCUCACGUGAGCGACUUUUAUUAAGACGUUUGAUAUAGAGGAAAACGUGGACAACAUCGUAGAUUACAAGAACGAUGCCACACUCACGCCAAAAGCAUAACAAGCCUAAAAGAGGACACAGUAAAAAGAACAAAGGACAGCACAACAGACAUAGUGAGAAAGUUCACGAAGAUGAUAUUCAUGACGUAGUGACGUACAUCGAGUCUGUUGACGUUAAGGCACAUCAGAAGACGUCAUAUGAUUACGCGAAGGCUUUGGUACCCUACACAUUUCUUGACGAUCCAAGUCUACGGGCACGAUAUGAAGCGUUGGCAGCACGGAUCUCGUGUAUUAUUAAAGACGAGGCGCAGUUUUACGGGCGAGCUGUGUGUACAGAUCUCCUAAAUGUACCUGGACUAUGGACAGGAUAUCCGUGGACAUCAGGCAAUGGUUCGAUUUCACCCAGAACUCUCCAAAUUCAUGCUCCCCGGCACUUUCAUUCUGAUAAAAGGAGCUCACUGGCAACAAACAAACAAACACAGUCUGGAAAUAACAGUUCAGUCUCCGGAAGAUGCCCUUUUCUUCUCUCCACAGAACAAGUUUGUUCACAGACGUCGACCUCCACUUCAACUGACAUGGAAUAGAUGAAUGUACAACUGGGGCAUAAUAUCCGUUCAUCAAUAUCAACACGAACCUCCAGCUUUCACGUACUCCAGAUUUCACCGGUGCUAUAAUAAUAGAUAGCAUUUGUAUAGCGCAUAACCCCGCUCGAAAGCAAGCUCUAUGCGCUUUACACUAUAUUAUUAC